GUGGCUUCCUGCGAGCGGCCCGCCCACUGCGUGAGCCCGCGGCCCCGGCUCUGGCGGUACCUCUCGGGGCCUGCCGCUCCCGGCCGCAGUGAGUGCGCCGGCGGACCCGCCUCCGGCGUGGGGCGUGGCGCUCCCGGGCGUGGGCCCGCCUCGCCGAGCGCCCCCGGGAGCACUGGUUCGCCGACCCCUUCCCCGCCCGCCGUGUCCGUGCCCGCCUCUCCGCUCUCCGCUGAUCCCCGGUUUCCUAGAACGGGCGCGUUUCUGGUACUGACGAGUCUCCCUGAAAACUUGCACCGCAGUUCCACCAAGCUGCCCUGAGGGCCCCGCGCUUCCCUGAAAUGAGCUUGGUGAUUAGAAAUCUGCAGCGAGUGAUCCCCGUGCGGAGAGUGCGGCUGCGCAGGAGCAUGGAGGUAGCGAGGGACGUGCUGGGAGUCCAGAAAUUCGACCUGGGGAUCGUCUGUGUCGACAACAGGAACAUCCAGCGCAUCAAUAGGAUCUACAGAAAGAAAAACGUCCCGACCGAUGUGCUUUCUUUUCCAUUUCAUGAGAAUCUGAAGGCAGGUGAACUUCCCCAACCUGGUUGUCUGGAUGACUGUAAUUUGGGAGACAUUUUCCUAGGAGUGGAGUAUAUCUUUCAGCAGUGCAGAGAAAACGAGGAUUACUACGACAUCCUGACUGUCACAGCCACCCAUGGACUCUGCCACCUUCUAGGCUUCACACACAGCUCGGAGACUGAGUGGCGGGAGAUGUACCGCCAGGAGCAGCAAGUGCUGGAGGAGUUGAUGCGUCGUACCGGAAGAAGGCUCCAGCCCCUGAGCAGGGGCCUCUUCUGAUGCAGUGGGAGCUCCAGACUGUAGCUGCACUGGUCAUGCUGUCUUGGGGCCAAAGAGGCACCAACCCAUGCUGAGGCCCAAUUCUAGGAGUGGAACUUGGUUUCUUGAAGUACCAGAAAAGUGCCUAUCCUUUUGUUUGGAACGCAACAGAUUGUUUUCAUCAUUGUAAGCAGAAUAGUUGUAAGCCCUUACAGUUGAGGGAGGUGAGCGAAACCCCAUGUGGAUUCUGCCAAUCUUCCAUAGAACUGAAGAGCUUUGGUGAAGAAGCGUGUCCACCCCUGCAGCCUGCUUGGGAGUGGACAGCACAGCCCAGAGCACUUGUGCUUUCUCCUUCCUAGGGGCAGCUCCUGCAGAUGCACAGGCAGGAGAGUACUGGGUCUCACCUACCCUUAGGAACUCUGUGACUUGAGGCUUCCCCUAAGAGGGGAUGACCAGCAACAGGCGCACCACACUUCACCUGAACAGAUAUCCAAGACCCAGAGCCUCCUCCCUCUCAUCUCCCCCAAGGCCUAAACUGCCCAGGAUCACGUGGCAGGCAAGGACGGAGGUGAGGCAACUGGUGGGCUCAGCAUGCUCCCCACCACCGUGCCUGCCCACUGCCUGCUCUGUGCCCUCCAGGAGGUGAAGCAUCAACCUCCUUCUGCAGGAAAUCUCCCUUGGCUAGUAUUUCCUAUUUAUCCUCUGAAAAUUGAAAUAACCCUGGAGUUCCAGAGCUUGAAUAGGCAGGGUUUAUGAACCUGACCCCUCCCAGGUUCCUGUUCUGCCAAACAGCUCAAUAGGUAGGCAGGACUGUGUAUCUCAUGAUGGUAACAUGCAGCCUCUUGGAGGCUUUUUUUUUUUUGGGGGGGGGGUGCUGGGGAUCGAACCCAGGGCCUUGUACUUACAAGGCAAGCACUCUACCGACUGAGCUAUCUCCCCAGCCCCUCUUGGAGGCUUUUAACCAUAAAACCUGGUGAUACUAUGUCCCUGAUCCUUUGUGUCUCCCAUUAAAUGAUCUGGAAGCACAGAAACACCUUUCCAUGAGAAAGAAAGUUCAGUGAUCCAUUUUCAGAAUGUAGUAUUUAACCUUACUUGGAAUUAAGAACCAGUUGUAGCCAUUUAAACUAUAGCCCUUCCCUUGGCCCAUCCCAAUUUUAAAACUAGGUAAUCACUAAAUUGUAACCCUGAGCUCCUCCUACCAGAGCCAGGGAAGUACUGCACAAGGGGUGAAAGCAGACCAACUGCCCACCCAGGUGUGCUUGCUGUCAGGUUUUCUUUGGUAGCAGGCCCUUCUGCAGAAAGAGUUUGCCAGGCUACCAGAGACGACCAAUUUGGUCAAAUUUCUUCCUUUUAUCAAAUUAAUAACUACGAUUAUUGUGGGCGCCACUUAAAAAGAGAACCCUCACCACCGAGAAGUCCAAAUUUGAGAGUCUAUUAGCUGGCUGGCCAACCGUCUCACAUAGUGCCCAAAAAUGGCUAUUGGGAGGACAGCCCCAAGAGUAGGGUUGCAGAGGUUUGUAUACUAUAAGUAAGGCAUUAAUCAUAAGUGGCUGUUGCUAUGAUUUCAAACUAGAAACUGAAGAUCAUGAGAUCUAAAAUCAUAAGUGGAAGGGGAUGUGGGUCAAAAUGACUUUAGUUGGGUACAAGUUAAAGAUUGGUUACUAACAUCUAGACAUUCGAUCUCUGACAGGGUACAUUGUCCAAGAAAAAGAGGAACCAAAAAGAACACUUCAUCAUGUAAGAAUCGCCAUUUUGUGUUGCCAGACCUGCCACGCUAAGCAGCUGCUGGUGGGUGCAGAAGUGGGGCGUUCCCCCGGGAGAAGCAUUUCCUACAUGACCUGGAGUCUGUUUGGUCAUUGUCCAUAUAGCCUGACUCACAGCACGUUGAAAGGGAGAAACCAGAGACAAGCCACGUUAGAAAAAGUCAACAUGAUGACAGGCACAGUGGCCAUGCCCGUAAUCCCAGUGACUUGGGAGGCUGAGGCAGGAGGAUGGCAAGGGCAAGGCCAGCCUGAGCAACUGGGGAGACCCUGUCUCAAAAUAAAAAGGGUUGGGAAUGGGGCUCAAUGGUAGAGCAUUUGCCCUGCCUGGGGUCAAUCCUGGGUGGGGGAGAAAGGAAAGGAAAAGUCGGCCUGAAAAUAGAUCAGGUCAGGCCUUUUCAUGCCUGGUUUUAACAAGAGCAGUCCUGGAAUCACAUUCAGAACAGCACUGAGGGAAGGGGACUGGCGUAAGGCUCAACGUGUCUGUUCCCAUGGGCCUCACGUCCUCUUCAUCUGUGGGAAGCUAUUCUGAGAGCCAGGGCAGCCAGGAGGGAGGCCCAUGUGUGGCUGUCAGCCCUGCUCAUCUUGCUCCAGCCUGAGGGGCCCUGCUGUGAAGAGCUUAGUGACCGGGAAAUUACCCUACAGGAAAGUGAAUGAACGCUUACGCAGAAUACUUAAAAUCAACACUUUUAAAAAACAACAUUAAAACAGGAAGGGAACAUAAUUCCACCAAGAAUAGUAACCAAAGAACACUCUUUAUUUAAAGCGCGUAGGUAUUGGGCACAUGUGAUAAGAACCGUUGACAAGACUAGAGGAGCCGUCCUACCCACGCUGUGCAGGCCCACCCUCAGGCACUUGCUUUUGACUUGAGGGACAGAGUCAGGCAAGCCAGCAGCACGCAUGCAUGCAUAUGUGUGGCUCAAAGGGAAUCACACCACAUCCUACCGUGAGGAAACUUUCACGUGCACGGGGGUGCUGGGUCUCACACAGUCCUCACGCACACUAGUCAAGCACUCUAGCACUGAGCUGCAUCCUCGCUCCAAUUUGACUUUCUUAUGUUUCCCCAUAGGAAUGUUUAAAUUUUUAUGUAGUUAAAGCUGUUAAUCUUUUUCUGUUGAGAACCCUGAA